ACGAUAUAUCGCAUGGAAUGGCAGCCAACUUAAUGUUUUUCGAAGUCGAAUAACAAAUCAGCUGCUAAAAUGUCUGUUACCCUGCACACCGACGUAGGCGACAUUAAGAUUGAGCUCUUUUGUGAAGCAUGCCCCAAAGCCUGUGAGAAUUUCCUCGCCCUCUGUGCGAGUGACUACUACAGCGGCUGCUGCUUCAUAAGGAACAUCAAGGGUUUCAUUGUGCAAACCGGCGAUCCAACAAACACUGGGAAAAAUGGACAGUCCAUAUGGGGUACCAAAUUUGAUGACGAGUUUAAGGAAACUUUAAAGCACACGGAUAGGGGAAUGGUCUCAAUGGCAAAUAAUGGACCCAAUGCGAAUGCCAGCCAGUUUUUCAUUACGUACGCUGCGCAGCCCAACCUAGAUUUAAAGUAUACGCUAUUUGGACGUGUUAUCGAUGGCUUCGACGCACUCGACGAACUGGAAAAACUACCCGUCAAUCCAAAAAACUAUCGUCCACAUGUGGAUAAGAAAAUCAAUGGAGUAACCAUCCAUGCCAAUCCGCUUGCAGCGUGAUAAAUACGGAAAUGGAUUCCACUAGGCUUAUAUAUAUAAAUAUAUAUAUUUUUUAACUAGCAUUAAGUUACAAUGAUCAUGUUCUUUUCAUUCAUUUACAAACUAAUUAAUUGAGAAACAGCAAAUUGUGCAAAAGCUGCUAAAACUAAAACUUAUAAAUCAGCCACGUUGUCACACAAAUCGAUCAGUUAAUUGUUUACAUAUAUAUAUGAUUGCAUUGCUUAUUUCGCGUGAAUUUUGAUUUAAAAGGGUUUUUUAUAAUUUGUUUCGGAACACUUUUGCGCUUAAAUUGAAAACUUAUAAUAGACAAUAUGCUUGAUGAUUGGUAAAACAAGUAACUAGAGAAGUAAAAACAAAUGCUAACAAGAA